AACUAUCGAUUUCCGAAUUGUUUACAUGCCCGAUUCGUCGUCGCUUCGAGAUUCCCUUAAUCUUUAUCUGGCUAAUCAGCUCCAAGUCACGUUGUCAGCGAGAUGGCCCUCUCGAUCUUCAAAGACCUGCCGCCGGAGCAUCCGCGCCAUCUGAUUCCCUCGCUAUGCAGGCAGUUCUACCACCUGGGCUGGGUCACCGGCACAGGCGGUGGCAUGAGCAUCAAGCACAACGAUGAGAUCUACAUAGCACCGUCGGGCGUCCAGAAGGAGCGCAUGCAGCCGGAGGACCUGUUCGUGCAGGACAUCGCCGGCAAGGACCUGCAGCUGCCGCCGGAGAUCAGGGGCUUGAAGAAGAGCCAGUGCACGCCGCUCUUCAUGCUGGCCUACCAGCACCGCGGGGCGGGCGCCGUCAUCCACACCCACUCGCAGCACGCCGUGAUGGCCACGCUCCUGUGGCCGGGCAAAACCUUCCGCUGCACCCACUUGGAGAUGAUCAAGGGCGUGUACGACGAGGCGGACAAGCGAUACCUGCGCUACGACGAGCAACUGGUCGUCCCCAUCAUAGAGAAUACACCCUUUGAACGCGACCUCGCCGACAGCAUGUACGCCGCCAUGAUGGAGUAUCCCGGCUGCAGUGCCAUCCUGGUGCGCCGACAUGGCGUCUACGUUUGGGGACAGAACUGGGAGAAGGCCAAGACCAUGUCGGAAUGCUACGACUAUCUCUUCUCCAUCGCCGUGGAGAUGAAAAAGGCCGGACUGGAUCCGGAGAAGUUCGAGAGCUCCUAGGGAACUGGAGAUGAUUAACCCUAUAUAAGCCCUGUGCUGCAUUUGUUAUCAGGCAUUUUCUGACCCAUAGUGCUGAAAAAUGUAUGCGAUAAUACACUUUAAUUGGAUAAUAUUAAAAAGUUUAUGUGUAAUGUAUAUAAUACAAAAACCUUAUACAAAUCCCUGGUUUAGAAAGCAUAAUUAUUCGAGGAUACCAUUCGGAUUCAGAAAUAUAUUCAUUUCAGUUGAA